CCCUGGGGCCCCUGGACUCUGAUAUGCAUCGAUCAUGCAGGUUCUGGGUUGAGGGUUUGAGGAGAGGCUGUGCUUUGCAGGGACUGGCUGAUGUGCUCUGAAUUAAUAACCCAGCUUGGCAACUGCCCGGAACUCAGUUUACAGAGCCCUGGCCCAUCUGCUCUGUGGGUCAGGACAGGGGAGGCGUGUGGGUGGUUUAUGGGCUGCACUGGGGCCCUGAAGGUGAGGGAACAGGAAGUGGGAUGGAGGAGCGGGUGGGGUCUGGCUUGGCCGUUGGCGGGGCACCUUCUCAGCCAUUCCCGUGCCACCCAGCAGCCAUCGUCGCUGUCUUCUUCCAAUUCCUGGGGCAUUUCCUGCCCUGCGUCUGGGUUCCUCGGCAAGGUCCUCCUUAGUUGUCUAUUUAGGGAAGGAGCAGCCAUUCCUCUCCCAGGUCUGGGACCCUCUUUACCCCACCAGUGUUCCUCAGCAAGGCUGCAUUGGUGGGGUAAGAAUGAGGGGUAGGGUCCCUGGUUGGGCAUCUUCUCUGCUGGGCGAGAGCCACAGUGUCCCUCAGAGAGCAGCAGAAACCCCUUGCCCUGUCCCUGCUUCUCCUAGCUGCUCCUCUUGGUGCCUUGGCAGCUGUUUGACUUGUGAGCCUCAGUUUUCUUGACCGCAGUACCGGGCAUUGCUCCUGUUAUCCCUUCCCUGCUAUGGCUCUGACUGAAUGCAUAGGCAAGAGCUUUUCCCCCAGGAAGAGCAUGUGUAUGUACCGGGAAGCAGGUGUACGGCAUUGUCGCUGUUGCUGUUAUUGGUCACACUAUCUUGAGUGUUCUGACAGCAUUGUGGAUGGUACUUUGUCAUGAUCUCGUUUAAGUUUUUACCCCUACAACCCCUCUAAGGAGGCCCUUUCCUCAUUUCACAGGGUGAAGGCUCAGAGAGGUAAAGUAGCUCGUCCACCCGGCUCUAAAGAAGCAUGACCUCUGGUGACCUCCAUCCCACCUGGGAACACCUAGGACCCCCUGCCCUAGAGUGGGACUGGGGGUGGGGGCAGGGUCCAGAGGUGACUGGGGGAUGGGAGAUGGCUGUGGGCAGAAGGACCCUGACCCUCACCCUCUGCCUCUGCCCCCCAGGCUCAGGCCGUCCCGUGGGCUCAGGCCCAGAGCCCAGAGCAACCAGCACCAUAGCGUCCAACAGCUGGAAUGCCAGCAGCAGCCCCGGGGAGGCCCGGGAGGAUGGGCCCGAGGGCCUGGACAAGGGGCUGGACAACGACGCCGAGGGCGUGUGGAGCCCGGACAUCGAGCAGAGCUUCCAGGAGGCCCUGGCCAUCUACCCGCCCUGCGGCCGGCGCAAGAUCAUCCUGUCGGACGAGGGCAAGAUGUACGGUCGGAAUGAGCUGAUCGCACGCUACAUUAAAUUGAGGACAGGAAAGACGCGGACAAGGAAACAGGUGUCCAGCCACAUACAGGUUCUAGCUCGGAAGAAGGUGCGGGAGUACCAGGUUGGCAUCAAGGUAUGUUGGGCGCCUGACUGGGGCCUCAGGCCUCCCUGGGCCCCUCCUCACGGUGCCUCUGCCACUCUGCACAGCCCGGGCCGUGCCUCUUCUCUGGCUAAGCUGUGUUCUUGCUCUCUUUCCGUUCUUUUUUCUUUCUUUCUUGCUCUCUCUCUACAGGUCUCUAGCCACUUGCAGGUUCUAGCCAGGCGGAAAUCUCGGGAGAUUCAGUCCAAAUUGAAGGCCAUGAACCUGGACCAGGUCUCCAAGGACAAAGCCCUCCAGAGCAUGGCAUCCAUGUCCUCUGCCCAGAUCGUCUCCGCCAGUGUCCUGCAGAACAAGUUCAGCCCGCCCUCCCCUCUGCCGCAGGCCGUCUUCUCCACGUCCUCAAGGUUCUGGAGCAGCCCCCCUCUCCUGGGACAGCAGCCUGGACCCUCUCAGGACAUCAAGCCCUUCGCGCAGCCAGCCUACCCCAUCCAGCCACCCCUGCCACCCACGCUCAGCAGUUACGAGCCCCUGGCCCCGCUGCCCCCAGCUGCUGCCUCUGUGCCCGUGUGGCAGGACCGCACCAUCGCCUCCUCCCGGCUGCGGCUGCUUGAGUAUUCGGCCUUUAUGGAGGUGCAGCGAGACCCCGACACGUACAGCAAACACCUGUUUGUGCACAUCGGCCAGACGAACCCUGCCUUCUCAGACCCGCCCCUGGAGGCAGUAGACGUGCGGCAGAUCUAUGACAAGUUCCCUGAGAAAAAGGGUGGACUGAAGGAGCUUUAUGAGAAGGGGCCCCCUAACGCCUUCUUCCUUGUCAAGUUCUGGGCUGACCUCAACAGUACUAUCCAGGAGGGCCCAGGAGCCUUCUAUGGGGUCAGCUCCCAGUACAGCUCUGCCGACAGCAUGACCAUCAGUGUGUCCACUAAGGUGUGCUCCUUUGGCAAGCAGGUGGUGGAGAAGGUGGAGACGGAGUAUGCCCGGCUGGAGAAUGGCCGCUUUGUGUACCGCAUCCACCGCUCGCCCAUGUGUGAGUACAUGAUCAACUUCAUCCACAAGCUGAAGCACCUGCCCGAGAAGUACAUGAUGAACAGCGUCCUGGAGAACUUCACCAUCCUGCAGGUGGUCACAAGCCGAGACUCCCAGGAGACCCUGCUCGUCAUUGCUUUUGUCUUCGAAGUCUCCACCAGUGAGCAUGGGGCCCAGCACCACGUCUACAAGCUUGUCAAAGACUAGGGUGUUCUCUGUGCCUCCUCAAGGUUGCAAGAUGAGCAUCUUUUCCACACACCUGCCUGGCACCCCCAGGAGUCCAGGUUGAGAACUCUUCCACCUGCCAGGCCUCAGGCCCUGGACCCAAGAGGCCUCCCCGCCCAUCCCUGGCACACACACUCCCUGCCACUGUUCUGCGCUUUAAUUGUGGGAGAAGAGAGGAGGGCUCAGUAGUGAGGCAGCUUGCCCAGGGCACUGACCACCAUCAGCUGGUUCUGUGGGGAUGGAGGACCCCCUCAGGCUCCAGUGUGUAGCUCCUGGCCUCCAGGGGAAUGCGAUGGGCAAGGUAGAAUGGGAGACCCAGGGAGGCAGCCUGCAGAGGGGGAAAGAGCAUCAGGUUGGGGGCCUGGUUGAGAGGGGCCCAUGUUUUUUUGCAUCUCCUGUGUGCCAGGUCUGAAGCCAGGCUCCUUAUGUGGCCUGUGCAAUCCUGACUCUGUAGCUCCCAGUGAGGGAUGGGUAGAGCUAGAGCCCAGGUUUACUUCCUGGGGGCUGGUCAGUGGUGGGUCUGUAUGAGAGUGAGGAGUGGAACUGCCAAGGACUGGUGGGUUGGGGGUCCGGAUAUAGUACCUCCUCCCAGCAUUCCCCACUAUGGGGAAGUACCUGUUUGGACAAGGCUCCUAGGUACUCCAGUCUGCAAGCCAGCCAGUGGCACCAGAGCCUCCAUAUACCCUACAGGGUAAGCCCCCUGCUCAGAUCUUGUCCUGGGCAGCAGUUUCCUAGUCCUGUUAAUCCUUCCCUGUAUCCAAGCCUCUGAGAGCUGGUGGACUGUCCCCCAGCCACCUUCACCUCUGGGUAUUUAUAAGUUUCAUAUGAAGUACUGUGCCCCUUCCUUACCACCACCCCACCUUGCCCGAGCUUCCUGAAGGUCCUCACAGUUUGCAUAUUGCUCAGGCCACCUCCAAAUCCCACCUAGGUUUUAUAAUGUUUAUUAUAUAUAUAUAUAUAUUUUUGUGUAUUUUUUAAAUCCAGCUGUGAUGGGUUAUAUUAUAAAUGUGGUUCUGGGCUGGGGCAAGGCCCUCAAGGCCUAGUUCCUGCUCAAGAAAAAAAAAUAAUUAAAGUCAUUUGUUUGUGGGUCA